AUGGCGGCUGAAAUGGUGGAGCAGGAUGCGAAAUUGGUGACAUUGCAGGCGAAUUCGAUGUUGAGGUGAGUGGCGCGAAAAUUUGCGAUUUUUUGACACCAAAUAUGAGGGGUUAGAGACGUAGACGGCUAGAGAAAUAUGAAAUGUUAGAGACGCAGAGGAUCUGUAUGAUAGGCAGACAUCUAGAGUGUUUGGGAUAGGUUAGAGACGCUGAGAGCUAGAGAUUUAGACAGCUUGGAGAGAGAGAGAGAGUCCAGACAGCUAGAUAGUAAGGUCAGAAACGCCGAGGGGUUUAGAGAGCUAGAGAUUCUAGGAAAGCGAUACAGAGUCCAGAUAGAUAGAGUAAUUAGGAUACGUUAGAGAUGCAGAGGGAUAAACAGCUAGAGACAUUAGAGGUCAGAGACGCAGAGGGAUUCAGAGAGCUAGAGAUUCUAGGAGAGCGAUAGAGAGUCCAGACAGCUAGAGGGAUUAGGGUAGGUUAGAGAUGCAGAGGGUGCAGACAGCUAGAGAAAUGAGAAGGGUUAGAGACUUAGAGGAUUAGACGGCUGAAAACAGAAGGAGAGGGAUAGAGAGUUCAGACAGCUAGAGUGAUUAGGGUAGGUUAGAGAUGCAGAGGGUGCAGACAGCUAGAGAAGUUGAAAAAAGGUUAGAGACGCAGACAGCUCGAGAAUGCGAGACAACACCUAUUUUUGGCGUCAAAAUUGAAAUUUUUGAAUUUUAUUUUAUUUAUUUUUGAAUUUUUUUUGCUAUUUAUUUUUUUGGCACCCAAAAAACAUCAAAGUGCACAUUUCCUCCUCAUUUUUUCUCCCCAAAAAAAAGUUUUUUUUUUCCAACGCCUUCUCAAAAAAAAGAAGCAUGAUUCACCUGUCUCGCAUCAGAAAAAAAUAAACAUUAAUAAUUCUGAGCAAACGAGAAAUGUCAGAAUUUUUGAGGAAAACUUGGGAUUUCUAGCUGAAAAUUGGAGGAUUUUUGGCCGUAAAACCAAUAAAAAUCUGAAAUUUCAGCCAAAUUUCUUGCAGAAUCUACAAAACCCACGAUUUUUCGCGCACCUCUGUCGAAACCCGCCUGAAAUCUGAAAUUCUACCCGGCCAGCCCACCGCAAUUCUUCCACUUAGCCUAAAUUCGGCCUAUUUGAUAGGCUCCAGUCAGGGAUGUAUUAAAAUGAUGUGCUAA